GUGGAUAUUUGACUCCUCUGCACAAUGUUCGACGCCAUUGUUCUAUAGCAAGAGCAACACUUUGCUUCCAGAUUACAUUGCUAUGUGCUUAUAGGCUUGUUGGACAUUCUUUGCAACCUUUUUUUUUAAUUACAAUUGUCGUCAAUUAUGCAGACUUAAAUCAGCAACACGCCCAAACAAGAAAUGGCUUUAGUGUUUGUUUAUACUCUUUGCACUUGUUUAUUUAGUGUAACGACAGGCACAGGUUUUAUUUAUCGCCUCCCGGGCAUCACUGUGCAGAGGCAGCGCAUCAUAACGGACCAGAGUGGCAGCAGCACUGGACCACCCGGUACCGGAUCACAUAACCAACUCAGGAACUGGUGUCAGUAUGCUGUAUCCAAGGCGGUGUCCUGUCAGGUGCCAAACGGCACCGAAACCACCGUGCAGAGGGUGUUCCAAUCUUGCCGAUGGCCUGGACCUUGCGCCAAAGUCAUCAGCUACAGGACCAUCGUCAGACCAUCUUUCAAGGUUGCCUACAAGCAGGUGACUGCACUGGAGUGGAGGUGUUGCCCCGGGUUUGUUGGCCAGGAGUGUCGUCAAGAGUGCAUGAACUGCACCAUGUUCACUGACAUGAGCAACAGGGUAGACGCCAUCGAAUCAAAGAUGAAGCAGCUGGAGGAAAGACGUACCCCAUCACAAACAGACAGCGGUUCGCCGCAGGCGUCGGAUGAUAACGAGGUGGACGCUCCACAACCCACUCCCAUUGGACCGCCGUCAUACCUGCCACCAGCAGGAGGAAGAGGCCCCCAAGGUCCGAUUGGCCCAGCAGGGCCUCCUGGCACUCCUGGACCUGCAGGUCCACCUGGUAGAUCAGGUCUUCCCGGACCAAUCGGACCAAAAGGAGAGAGAGGUCUACCUGGUGAAAUGGGUCUCCCCGGCCCACCUGGACCACCUGGACAUCCUGAUGCUCCUUCCAGGUCUUCUACUGCACACCUGAGGGGGGAUGUGUUUCAAGUGGAUCAUCAAGAGGAAGACCGCAUCCAUCCAUCUGGACCGCCUGGUCCGGCGGGCCCCGUUGGCCUUCCAGGCCCUCCCGGACCGACUGGGCCUGCAGGGAUUCCAGGCAUGCCAGGGCAAGAUGGCAAGGAAGGCGUCCAGGGCAAUCCUGGGACUAUUGGACCAAAAGGCGAUGCAGGAGAAAGGGGGCCUCCCGGUGCAAGGGGCGAACAGGGCCCAGCUGGGCCACCGGGGCCAAAAGGAGAGCCGGGUGAAGGUUUAAAUGAGGGGGACACGGUGCCACAGCUCAGGGAAGCCCUGAAGAUCCUGGCUGAGAGAGUCCUGAUCUUGGAGCACAUGAUCGGCAUUCAUGAAAACCCUGAGGGAUCUGGUUUUGGUGCCAUUUUGGACCCCCUUUCCUUCACGAGCAGAAAGACCAAGCGCCUGCAACCUGAUCAAGCUCCCACACUACAGGAGGGACAAAGACCGGUUCCCCUUUAAGGCAAUAUUUUAGUCAAGUCCAUUUGGUUGACUUGGCUGGAUGUUUCAUUUUUUCUCACACUUUUAUCAGCUUUUUUUUUUUUUAAUCCCGUAAACAUCUGAGUGAGUUAGAUAUGAUACUUCAUAGUUCCUUUUUGGCCCGGCUGCAGCAGGAUAGUAGCAGCACUUACAUGAUGUCAGACAGUGAAAUAUAACCCCAUAAACUGUUAUGAGGGUCUUUGCUUCUUUCUUUCCACAGAUAAAAGACAGCCUAGUAAACACAUGACUUUCCUGGCUUGUGCUCCACUCGCAAAGAUCCCCAGGCUGCAAUAGACCAGUUCCUGAGAACCCGGACCCAAAAAACUAUUCUGUUUAGUGUCGAACAAUUUCUUGGACUGUCCUCGGGGGUCAUCCCAUGUUGGCCUGUCAAACAUAUUUCUGCUUUACUCUGCCUCGUUAAAGCUGAGGUAAGACGUGACACGCUUCCAGCGGUGCCUGUUUAAACUGAGAGUGCACAUCUGGAAAACAAGAGAGAGAAAUGGUCUCCUUCUUGCUUUCACACAACCUGACAGGCUAACAUCUUCAUAAACGCCUGUGAAAUGUGACAAUAUCAUGUUAAGAGAAAAAGGUGAGCAUUUUUGGUUGUUGUUUUGCUUCCGCUGUUACUCUACAGUUACAAAUAAUCCAUACAAUGGCACAGUGAGUCUGUAUUUCCAAGGCACCAACUUGGGUUUGAAAAUGGGUGUUUUUCUUUAUUUUAUUCAAGCUAGUGCAGCUAGUUGCAGUGCAGUAGAAUAUGACCACUCAAAUGGGGUAUACACAUUUUCAUUUGAAGUCAUCAUCAUCAACAAUAAUGCUGGAAAUACACUCACUGGACACUUCAUUAGGUACACAAGGAUUCUCAACUGGUCUCGUCCUGGUACUCACCAUUACCCAUGUUUCUCGAGGUUCUCAUGGUUACCCACUUUUUUUUAAAUUAAGAAACCUUUUCAAACAUAAAUACACAUAAUUACACGUGUAUAAUGUACUAGUGCUCGAAUUAAGAACUUUCAUAGGAGCAACAAUAAUA